CAGACCACAAGUUGUGGCAGUUGUGAGCAGCUCACCUCUUCCUUUGGUGGUGGUGGUGGUGGGGUGCCUUCUUGCUGCUUAGGAAUUAAACACUCUGAGAGUCUGAAUGAAGCUGGUUGCUUUUUCAGCAAGCCUACCAGGAUGGGCCACGGCUGCUGCAAGCUUUAUUACUGCCUGGACAAGACGAAUGAAAAUGCCCUUGUGAAAGAAAAGGAACUCUCAGCUGAACUUGCAAACAUCAAAGAUGAAGUCGCCCUCAGUGCAGCAAAAUAUGAGAAAUUACAAAAAGAGAAGGAGGAGCUGGAAAGGAGGCUUGAGGGUGAGCUGAAGAAACUCAGCUGGCAACAGCACGAAGAGCUCCAGGAGCUGGAAGAGCGACUGCAGUUACAGUACAGUGCUGAAAUAGAGCGUCUACAAGAGGAACACCAGACACAGAUUGUCAGGCUCAAGACUCGACACCAAGAACAGGUGGAAGACAUCACAGCAAUCCAGGAAGCCACCGUGUUAGAGAUGGAAAAUAACCACAUGGUUGCUGUCGCAGGGCUUAAGGAUGAAUACGAGAGCCGUGUCCAAGAACUGAAAUCAUCCCACGAAGCGGAAAAGAGAGAACUAGAAGAAAAUUUUGAGAAGCUGCGCCUGUCACUCCAGGACCAGGUAGAUACCCUCACCUUUCAGAGCCAGACUCUGAAGGACAAAGCAAAACGGUUUGAAGAGGCGUUAAAGAAAAACACUGAAGAACAGCUAGAGGUGGCACUCGCUCCCUACCAGCACUUAGAGGAAGACAUGGACAGCCUUAGACAGGUUCUGGAGAUGAAGAAUCAGCUCAUCCAUCAACAGGAAAAGAGGAUCAUGGAGCUAGAAAAGCUGGCUGAGAAGAACUUAAUACUGGAAGAAAAAAUCCAGGUCCUUCAACAGCAGAACGAGGACCUGAGCGUCAGGAUCGAUCAGAACACUGUGGUGACAAGACAGUUAUCAGAAGAAAAUGCCAAUCUCCAAGAAUAUGUUGAGAAAGAAACAGAGGAGAAAAAGAGGCUCAGCCGAACUAAUGAAGAACUGCUGUGGAAGCUGCAGACGACAGAGCCCCAGAGCCCCGUGAAACUGUCUCCUACGUCCCCGACCCGGAUUUACCGCUCCUCAUCCGGACCGCCCAAGUGCUGA